GCUCCAUUAUCUCGCCUUUCAACUAGAUUAGGCAGAAAUGUUAUGUCUAACUUCGUGCGAAACCAUUCUCAUGGUGGUGUCCCUGGCGAGGUAAUCUCAUAAUUCUUUAAAUCAGUUUAGGUUAAGCUAGAAAAGUGUAUUAUGUUAUAAUAAAUUAUAAUAGAGAAACUGUUAAUUUUCUUAAAUAAUUUUAAUUGUCAACAAAGUUGGUACAAAAGCCCUUCAACCAUAUUUGUAUUUUUUGUGGCCUAGUAAAACCCCUACUAAACAAAAUAGAACUUGAAAAAAUUAUAAAUAGAAGAGUUCUGUAUUCUUUAGAGUAAUUAAUUAAUGUAUUAUCUACUUACAAUUCAACGUAUACUGUAAGAUAUAAUUCUUAAGUUAUACUUUGAAUUAUAUAAAUAAUUUAAUGUGAAGUAAUUGAAUAUAUACAAUGUUUUUUUUAAUUAACCUAAAAAAAAUACUAUUUCCACUUUACUCUGGCUGAAAUUGGGUAAUUAUAUUCUGUGGUUGAAAUUAAGUUGUGUGUUGUCAUGUCAUUUACAGGGCCCUUGUGAUGUUGAUUGUCAAUACUCAAUUGUCAUUGUUAUUUGUAUCAAGUAACAAGUUGUUCUUGUCGGUGAAAUGCGAAUGUAAUACUCCUAGUAUUUCGUAAAUAAAUAAUAAACGUUUUUUGCAAUAUUCAAUAUUUUAGGAAGAAAAAAUAAUACCAGCAAAAAUUUGGUAUAAUUUUAUCCAGACUUAUAUUCCAACCUUUUCGCCGGUAAUCUUCAAUAAACAUGAGUGAAACUUCUUGUUAUAUUCUUGAUAAUGGGGCUUAUACAGCUAAAGUAGGUUUAUCCACAAUGGAACCGAAAAUUGUACCCAAUUGUAUUAUGAAAGCUAAAUCAGAACGCCGUCGACCAUUCAUAGGCUCACAACUUGAUGAAUGUCGCGAUGCUUCGGGCUUAUUUUACAUAUUACCAUUCCAAAAAGGUUUUCUUAUUAAUUGGGACACGCAAAAAACAAUAUGGGACUUUAUAUUUAGCAAAGAAUGUUGUCCAGUAAAUUUUAGUGAAACUCCAUUGAUUUUGACAGAGCCUUUGUUUAACUUUCAUUCAAUUCAAGAAGCAAUGACGGAAAUUUUUUUUGAGGAGUAUGAAUGUCAGUCAUUAUUACGUAUUAAUGCAACAGAUUUGGCAGAAUAUCAUUAUAGAAAGCUUCAUAAAAAUGAAGGUACUGUAGUUGUUGAUUCUGGCUACAGCUUUACUUACAUAGUUCCAUAUAUAAAUGGAAAAAAGUAUAAGGAAGGUAUUAGGCGCAUAGAUGUUGGAGGAAAAGUCUUAACUAACCAUUUAAAAGAGAUUUUAAGUUAUCGUCAGCUAAAUGUUAUGGAGGAGAGUUAUGUUAUUAAUCAGGCAAAGGAAGACUCCUGUUUUGUAUCACGUGAUUUCAUGGGAGAUAUGCAAAUAACUAGAAGAACAGGUUCUAGAAACACAAUAGUUAAGGACUAUGUUUUACCAGAUUACACCACAUUAAGGAGAGGAUAUCUUCGAGAUAUUGUUAGACCAAAUGAAGAUUUAGAACAACAAACAUUACGAAUGAACAAUGAACGAUUUAGCAUACCAGAACUAUUGUUUCAUCCUUCAGAUGUUGGAAUACCACAAAUGGGUAUACCAGAAGCAAUAAUUAAUAGUAUUGAUUCCUGUCCUGAAGGUAAUAAGGAAAGUCUGUUGGAGAAUAUAAUAUUGUAUGGUGGUAAUGCUUUGUUUCCGGGAUUUCGUGAUAGAGUUUUUAAUGAAGUUCGUGCAUUAGCAUUAGACCACUUCGAUGUAAACGUUAGUAUUGCCGAAAACCCAAUUACCUAUGCGUGGGAAGGUGGAAAGUAUUUGUUUAAAGAUCCUGACUUUUAUUCAUUUUGUCUAACAAAAGAAGAAUAUGAAGAGGAAGGAAGGAAUUUGGCAUUUGAAAGGUUUGAUAUAUAGCGGAGAAAACGAGCGAGAAAUUCUUCAGAGUAAAGGAUAUCGCUCGGUAAAUGUCUGAUUUCUUAUAAAAUUUAUUGUAAAUUCUAUGUAUAAAAAUAUCAUGUACAUUAUUGAUGGACUAACAAAAUAAGAUGUUUUGGGGCAUCAUAAGUUAGAUUUCUAUGCUAAUAAUGGAAAUCAGUACCACUAUAUGGAUUUAUUAUAGGAUAUGUGAAAUACAUCUAUAACCCUUAAUAGUGGUCUAUUAGUGGUAGGAGUGGUAGCAUGGAAAGAAUUUGAAUCCCAGCAUGCUCUUCUUAAUUUAAAAAUUUACCUGUUUUAUUAUGUAAUAACUUCCACAAUACAUAUUAGAAGCUUUUAAUACUUACUUUAGUGUAAAAAAAAUUGUAUAAUUAGUAUGAAUUCCUAACAUAACAGUAAAAUUAUGUUGUCCAUUGUACAUGUAAAUUACCAUAUAUUAUUUUUAGGAUAUUGUAAAAAGAUAAGAUAAAGUUAUAUCUUAAUGCCAAGACUGAGAUUUAAAUACAAGAUUGAGGGUCAAACCAAGUCAUGUUGUUAUUAUGUAGCAUUUUUAAAAGAAGGUCCUAGUAAAGUAAGCAUAUUAUUUCUACAUCCAUAUAAUUAAUGGUUUAACAUGGUUUGAUAAUGUAAAUCUGAAUAAGUUUUACAGUAAUGUAUAUUCAUUACAAGUAAAUUUUUAAAAGUAAAAACCUAAUUGUAACUUGGUAAAAAAUACUCAAAAUAGUUUAUUAUUUUUAUUCUAUUAAAAACUUCCAUUACAUAUUUACCUAAGCAAAAUUGUUAAGAACCAACAAAUAGAAUACAGUAUUCCUAUAAACAAUAAAUGCAUGUCAUGUUUAUUAUAUUUUAUAUUCUUUUUUCAAUGAAAUAUAGCUCUUUUGUGGUUUGUAUUAUUAGAUAAAUAUCUAUUUGUAAAUCAGUCUACUUAUAGGUCAAACUUGAAUAUUUAAAGUAAACCACUGACAUGUCUUAACACAAUUACAGAAAUAAUUCAUAAAACAGUGUUAUAAAGCCGAUUUUGUUAAUAAUUCCUAUAAAUAUUCACUCAGAUCUCCAUAAAAUAAGAGUGGAGAUAAAUUGUGUUAAAUGUUUAAAACCAACACUAAUUUCAAAAUAAGUUUUAUUAGAAUUAAAUUAAUAAGUAAAAUAAUGUGAAUACAUCUAGUAUGUGACAUAAAGUAAAUUAAAAGCUAAAAUAAUAUGCUUUGUGAAUUAUUCACAAAUGAAGCAAAACAGAUCAACUAAUGGUUAAAUUGGUAUAAAAGUGCAACCAAAUACUUUUAAGAUUGUUUACUUCAGUUUUAAAAAUAAAUUGUUUCAUUAACCUUUUUGCCAUUUAUUGAAUUCUUUAAAAUGCCUUCCUCAUAAUAGUGUUUACAGUAUCAAAAACUAAGAGACAGUAUAUGGCAUAGGUGCACAUUAUACAAGCAGUAUAAAGCAAUUGCUAAUAUUUUAUUUGAAAACAGAAUUUUUAGGUUCACCAUGUGCUUUGUUUUUGCACAAAUGUAUUA